CCGCUCAGGCGCUGAAUUUCAUGGAGCACAGAAACCGCAGGGACCCCGGAGGUCCUCUAGUCCAACCCUCUGCCCCAGGCAGGAGGCCACGGGGGUUGCAGUCGAAGGGCCGCCCGAUCUCCUCUGGAAAACUCCGCUCAGGCCUCCCUUCCGCCCCCGAGAGAGCCGGGCAUCGUAGUUCCCCAUGGGGCUGCCUGGGCCGGGGAAGGGAAGAGGCUGCUUUCCCCUCCUCAAAAAGAAGACUAUGAUAUAUAUAUAGGACUGUUCUCCUGCUUGAGCAGGGGGCUGGACUAGAAGACCUCCAAGGGCCCUUCCAGCUCCUUCGUUCUGUAGUCUAAGCGCCUCCCUGCAGAGCCUCUUUGGGAAGGAAAGGGAAGGGAAAGGAAAGGAAAAAAGGAAAACAAAGGAAAGGAUGAAAGAAGGAAAGGAAAGAAGGGAAGGAAAGGAAAGGAAAGGAUGAAAGAAGGAAAGGAAAGGGCUUCCGGGAAAGCCUCGAUUCCUCAGACUUUGGCUGCAGUAAACCACUUUUCCAUCUGGGCCUCCCCUCGGCCAGCCCUUACGCAGCAGCCGAUGCUCUUGGGAACAGCUGGCAACCCGUGUCCCAAUUCGACCUUAAAGGAGGCUUUCCUGCACUUGGGACCGUCUAAAGCCAAAGCAAGGAGAGCUCAGUGCUUUGUGCCUGUGGCCAAUUCGUGCCCUCCAUUCCCCACAGGCUUCCUACACCCCCAGGGUCCUUUUAGUUGUCCAUGGUGAUCGAAGCCUCAUCACUAUUUUAUGGGCAUCUUGCAGGUAGGUUGCAUGUACAAAGGCUCACGCUGACAUGGCCUUCAUUGUGACUCUGUCACACACACACACACACACACUGUGACCACCUCUGGCACCAAACUUUCUGCUGAUUUGGCUGCUCCACAAGGCUUCGGUGGGCAACAAGGAAUCCUUUCACUCAAGGAGUCAAAACCCUCAUUUUGCCCUUAAAAAUGCCCUACAGAGGCUGAAGGGGUUCAUUCUGCCCACUCCCAACUGCUUGAUGCCAUUGCUGCGCCCACCGUUUCACACUUGCAGCUUCCUGCAGCAUGGGAAUCAGACACACGCACCACUAGAUCGCCCUAAUCUUGCACCAAAACUAGUUUUGAUCCCCCCUUGACAAAAGCCUCUGCUCAGCCUUUGGCCCUGAAUCCUCUUCAGAGCUGCUCGAAAGGAGAAGCGGCUUCCUCGUCUUCUCCUCCUUCCAGUGGCAGGGAGGGGAUCCUGCUGGUUUGAGAACCAGGGCAGGUGGAGGGACCCCUCCCCACCCGCGACCUGCCUGAGGCUUCAUUGUGACACCACCAGAAUCCUGAGGAGGAUUCACGGCAUUCCGCCCUUUCCCGUCCCCUGCAGGGCUGGGAGCGGCUCAGAGCGGCUGCCCACAGGCUCUCUGCUCAGUGCUGAGCCCCUCAGUGAACCACACAGUCUCCUGGCAAUGGUUCCCUGAAGGAUGGAAUCCGGGUCCCUGAGGAGCAAAGUCCCGGCGUUCUUAUCAGACCUGGGCAAGGCAACCUUGAGAGGCAUCAGGAAAUGCCCCCGAUGCGGCACCUACAAUGGCACUCGUGGGCUGAGCUGCAAGAACAAGACCUGUGGCACCGUCUUCCGCUACGGCUCACGGAAGCCAGCUGGCGUUGAUGCUGUCAAGAUCAUCACCGGCUCAGACCUCCAGGUCUACUCGGUGCGGCAGAGGGACAGGGGCCCUGAGUAUCGGUGCUUCGUGGAGCUGGGCGUCUCGGAGACCACCGUCCAGACUGCGGAUGGGACCAUCCUCACCCAGCUCAGCUCUGGGCGCUGCUACCUCCCGGCGUGUCUGAAGGCAGCCACCCAAGGGGUGGUGGAGAACCAGUGCCAGCACCUGAAGCUUGCCGUGGGCUGCCAGGCAGAGGCCACCCCCUUGACCCUGAAGAGCUCCGUCUUGAACGCCAUGCAGGCCUCGGCCCAGACCAAGCAGGCCCUCUGGGAGCUGGCCACCCAGCCCACGGGGCCCCUGGUCCAAAGGGUCACCAAGAACGUGCUGGUGGUCAAGGGCAAGGCCGGCCCGAAGCACAGCUUGGGCUACCUCCACAUCACCUUUGCUCCCAGGUCUGCCCACAAGCACCCGGCGGGGCCCCGCUUCUUCUGCCCCUGCCAGUCCUUGAGGGCCAGCAAGGCCGGCCCUGCCGCCGAGGAGGGCAGCCAGAAGUGCAUCCAUUUCUUCGCCUGCCUCUGUGCCUUCGCCAGCGACGAGGCUUUAGCCCAGGAGUUUGUGGAUUUCCUCAACGAUGAGUCUGGUGGUUUGAAGUCCCCGGCAAGAGCUCCGCCUGCUUGCCAGCCGGACUCCCCUCUGCCCUCGGGAGACCCUGCGGCCUCCAAAGCGAAGCGCAAGAAGAAGGACGAAGGGCUGGGCUUGCAAGCCAGCAGCCCCCUCUUGUCCCAAGAUCUGGCAAACAACUCCUUGCAGAAAAAUGGGCUGAAGAAGGCGGCCGUUGCAUCACUGAAAAGGCAAACUGGCACUCAGGUGCUGGAGGAGUCGCAGGUGGCCUUGUCCUUCCUGGAGUGGCUGGCCAGCGUCACGGAGAGGGUCCACCAAGCCAUGCACUACCAGUUUGACGGCAAGCCGGAGCCCCUCGUCUUCCACAUCCCGCAGGCCUUCUUCGAGGCCCUCCAGCAGCGGAUCGGCCUCGGGAGCGUCAAGAUGCGACUUCCCAACUCGACGACAGCUUUUGUCCGCAAAGAUGCCUUACCGCUGGGUACCUUUUCUAAGUAUACCUGGCACAUCACCAACAUCUUGCAGGUCAAGCAGAUCUUUGACACCGUUGAGAUGCCUCUAGAAAUAACGCGCAGCUUCAUCCAGAACCGGGAUGGGACCUAUGAGCCUUUCAAGUGCCCCAAAGUGGAGGUGGAGAGCAUUGCCGAGACCUACGGACGCCUGGAGAAGCAGCCUGUCCUUCGCCCCCUGGAACUGAAAACUUUCUUGAAAGUUGGCAACACUUCCCCGGAUCAAAAGGAACCGACGCCUUUCAUCAUUGAGUGGAUCCCAGACAUCCUCCCCCAGUCCAAAAUUGGCGAACUGAGGAUCAAAUUUGAGUACGGCCACUACAGGAACGGCCACCCAGCCGACUACCAGGAGCAGCGUCCUUCCCUGGAGAUCAUCACCUUCCCUUGAGCUCCUCUCUGCAUGUGCAGCCUCACAGGCUGGCCGGCCUUUCCUGCUCCCUACCGGCCACUGACCGGAAGAGCUGCCGUUUCGUGUGACUGUGCCACCCACCCACCCACGUUCUGUCCUCAAGGAGCUUCUCUUGCAAACUCCCACCUCCCAGCCGUGCCACAUAGUGGAAUUGGCCCUCCCCGAAUGCCCAGGCCGGCUGGCGGCUCCAACAAACCCAGAGCGCUUCCGCUGUCUUCUGCACUGCCUUCCUCCCAGAGGCGGCUGUCAUCCCAGCAGCCCAAAGGGUGGGGGGCUGGAUGCUACAAUCUCUUUACUGGCAUAUUUUACAGUAUAUUUUAAAAAUAAAUUAAAUUAAGGCCAUGGCAA